GUCUCAAAGCGCAAGCGGAAAUAUACAGUCAGUGGUGGCGUAUAAAUGCGGACGAUAUUAUGAUACAGACGCACUCGUCUUUCUUCUCCAGUCGUAGCAAGCUCGAAGAGUCUGAUGAAAGAUCAUCGAUUACCUUGGCAACGCAUGCUGCUUGUUUCCAAACCAUUGGUGUUUACAGGGGAACUCAGGUUCAUAUCCGAAAGCCGAAGAUUAAAUCAGUAACUGUAGAUAGAAAGCUUCUUCUGGAACUUAAACAGAUGCAUUAUAUAACGAGUCCAAACCUGACUCGCUUGAUUGGAUUAUGUACAGAGGUUGACAAUAUCUGUAUCCUAACAGAACAUUGUUCUAGAGGAAAUCUUCAGGAUAUUCUGCACAACGAAUCUAUCCAACUUGAUUGGGAUUUUCGGAUUUCCUUGAUUACUGACAUAGUGGAGGGUAUGAACUAUCUGCAUGCCAGUCCUAUCCACACACACGGUAGACUGACCAGCACUAAAUGUGUAAUAGACAGCAGAUUUGUGCUUAAAAUUACAGGAUUUGGUUUGGAUAGCUUAAAUAAGGUCCCUAGAAAUACUGAUGUGGCAGAUAAUAUCUAUACAACAUUGCCAGAGCUUGCAUGGAUGGCACCUGAACAUUUACGUGUAUACCCACCAAGAAAAUGUUCACAACCGGGAGAUGUGUAUAGUUUUGCUAUCAUUUUAUACGAAAUGUGUACAAGAAAUGAACCUUAUGCCAAUGAACCUUGGUAUAUAUCGCUGGACGAUACACUUCAGAAGAUCAAGCAUGGUAGAUCUCGUUUUGUAAGACCGACACUAAAUGAGUCAGACUCAUUUCCAGAUAUUGUUAACUUGACAAAAUGCUGUUGGCUUGAAAUGCCAGAGGAUAGACCUUCAUUUCACAGUAUUAGAAGAGUGAUAAGAGCUAUCAAAAUGAAAAGAAAUAUCAAUCCAACGGAAAAUGUUCUUGACGUGCUGUUGAAUAGAAUGGAACAGUAUGCCAACAACUUAGAGGGAUUGGUUGAGGACAGGACCCAAGCUUUCCUAGAAGAAAAGAAAAAGUCAGAGGAGCUAUUGUACCAAGUACUACCAAAGAGCGUGGCUGAUCAGUUACGUGCUGGAAAGUCUGUAAUACCGGAAUCAUACAGUUGUGUUACAAUUUAUUUCUCGGAUAUCGUUGGAUUUACAGAAAUUGCUGCGAAAAGUUCGGCGAUUCAGGUGGUCGACUUUUUAAAUGACGUGUACUCAUGUUUUGAUGCAAUAAUUGAAAAUUAUGAUGUAUAUAAGGUUGAAACGAUUGGAGACGCCUACAUGGUAGUGUCGGGACUUCCGGAAAGGAACGGAAAUGACCAUGUGCGUCAAAUCGCACGAAUGGCUUUGGACAUUGUUCAUAGUGUUCGUCAAUUUACCAUACGUCACCAGCCGUGCACACCUUUGAAAACUCGUAUUGGAAUUCAUUCAGGUCCUGUUUGUGCUGGAGUGGUGGGGAUGAAAAUGCCUCGUUUUUGCCUGUUUGGAGACACUGUUAACACUGCAAGUCGAAUGGAAUCUACAGGGGAAGCUAUGAAAAUCCAUAUAAGUGAACAAACGAACCUAUUACUGGAACAGGACAGCAAUUUUAUCACUGCAGAGAGAGGUACAACAACUGUCAAGGGAAAAGGACUAAUGACAACUUUCUGGUUGAUUGACGAAAUAUCACACCAAAUGGAUAUAGUAUUGUUGUAAAGUAAAGAAAGUACGACAUAAACAAUCAUACCCACAAUUAUACAUUUUUACUUGAAAGUAACAUUACUCUAAUUGUAUUUGAUUUGAAAUAAUAAAUGCUUUAAGCUGUUCAAGCUGUUGGUUAUAUAUUAAUUCUAAUUUGGUUUCUAAUUUUAUAAAUCUUAUGUUAUAUAAUUCAUUACAACCUGUGACGAAUAAAGCAAACCAAAUUGCAAAAUAACAUCUAUGCAAAAUAAUAAGCCACGUCUCAUAUCCGCGCGUUUCCACUUGUUUUUUUUAAAUUGUUUCUUCCGCGUUUUCGGGUUUAAAAGGUAUCCAAUUUGUAACAUGUGCGUACUUUUACAUUGCCUUUGCUGUCAAGUAUACUUCAUGCAGUACAAAAACUAUAAAAAGUAUCAUUUUGCAUUCGAAUUAUUCGAAUAAAGUUUGUGUACCAUUUUUGUAACAUGUUCUUGAAAUGUUCCUUACACCCUUUUAUACUUGGCCAAGAUCAGAAAGGAAAGCUUAUAUACAAAUAUGUGAAGCUUGAAAUUAAGUUCAACAACAUUCAUGCUAUAUUUGUAAAACAUUAUACAUGUAUAUCUGCUAUUGUCAAUACUUCUGAAAAUAAUUUUACAGUCGUAACCUGAGAGCAGAACACUUAAAAAUAACGUAAAAAGAAAACCAUUAAUUAAGUGUUUGUACUACAAUUUGAGUAAUUUUUUGAAUGUACUUUUGU